ACAUGCUAGUCAAGCUGGAUCAGCUGACACCACACAGCUUCUCCUUUUGAUGCUCUUCUUCCUCCAUCGGAUCACAGCGCUUCUGAAAACACAAAUAUUUCGCUAUCUUUGUCUUACUGGCGUCAAUUCUUAAAUUUGAGCCAGGUAUAUCUUGCUGAUCCAGCAGGUUAGGCCGCCGAAUAGAUGUUGUUAGAGUGGAUGAUGAACGGACACGCCAUUCUUUACACGGGGGUCACUUUGGCCUUUUGGAGCACCAUACUAAUCGUCGGUAUCUGCUAUACCAUAUUUGACCUUGGAUUCCGCUUUGAUGUGGCAUGGUUCCUGACAGAGACUUCUCCUUUCAUGUGGGCCAAUCUGGGUAUUGGCUUGGCCAUCUCUCUGUCUGUGGUGGGAGCUGCCUGGGGAAUUUACAUCACUGGCUCAAGCAUCAUUGGUGGUGGUGUCAAGGCUCCACGAAUCAAGACUAAGAAUUUGGUCAGCAUCAUCUUCUGUGAAGCUGUCGCAAUCUAUGGGAUCAUCAUGGCCAUUGUAAUCAGCAACAUGGCUGAGAACUUCAGUGGAACAACCCCCGAGACCAUUGGAGCAAGGAACUACCAAGCUGGAUACUCCAUGUUUGGAGCCGGUCUGACUGUAGGCUUUUCUAACCUCUUCUGUGGCAUCUGUGUCGGCAUCGUGGGCAGCGGAGCAGCUUUGGCAGACGCCCAGAACGCCAGCCUCUUCGUGAAGAUUCUCAUUGUGGAAAUAUUUGGCAGUGCCAUUGGCCUGUUUGGUGUUAUUGUAGCCAUUCUGCAGACGUCGAAAGUAAAGAUGGGUGACUAGAGGAUGCAUUCACACACAACGAAGAUUGAAAAAAAAAAAAAAAAAGACCUUGCUGGGAAAUAAGAUGGAUUAUUGUGUAAAUACAUCGUAAAUUAUUUAAAUGUCUCUAUUUGCCUGGUAUUGUUUUUAACCAUCAUUCAUGCAAGAGUUGUUGGCGCUUCCUUUUGUCUCAAAGAUAAAGGUUGAGGAGGAAAACUCACGUGACACCGGUGCAGUUUUUGUGGCUUUCGGAUUCCGAGUGAGCCCUGUAUAUUUGCAAAGGUUGAGCUAAAUGAGUAGUACAAACAGAAAUGUACAUGGUUUGAAGGAUUUUACAUUAACGUCUGUUGCUUAUCAGGAGUCUGUAGUCUUAAGAGCUUUGACGACAACUUGCAGCUCUGGCGCAUCCAUCAAGUUGUAUACCGCUUGGGUCGUUUACAAGGCAUAAUUUCUUCUGACCACUCUUGGAUGAAUGAUGACUUAAAAAUCACACUAGAGUAUUUGAAAAUAUAUAUGUGUGUGAGUGCGUGUGUGUGUGUAUGUGUACACUGGAUACAUGAUCUUUUUUUUUUUUUUUUUUUUUUUCUUUUUCCUGUGAAGCAUGAGGGUGUUUACCAUUGUGUUUGUAGCCUGGUCUGUCAGUUUUUGUUUUUGCAUCUGUUCUUUGCUAAUAAGCAAGUGGUCCUUAAUCCACACAGUGGCCCAAAUACAGUAUUUGUCAGGCCUCCUACUGUAGAAGUCACAGAGAAUCUAUAAAGUUUUGAAUUAGAGUACUGAUCUGGAAUCAUUAGUAAGGUAACGGGACAGUUGGAUAUGCUUUUUGGGAGGCCAAAUACAGUCGGAUCACAGCAGCAGAUUUGCUCUGAAUAUGUCAUCCUGUCAUUCAUUUCCUAAUUUCCUGAAAAUGUUAUAGCACUAAGAUUUCUACAUUUGAAGCCCGUGAGCCUCUUGAACAUAGCUGCCAUCCAGAACUCCCUGUUUUUCCCUAGAGUCUCCCUUUGGAUUUAGUUUUAUGCAUGUUGUGAUCCUUUCCGGUAGUUUUUACAACAAUAAAUCAGAUAUCGGAAGACGGGGAAGCCAAAUGAUUGUGGGUAACUAGAAUACCAUUCAAAUGACCAUUUGUCCAAAGUGUUGUGCACAGAGAACUUUAACAGGCUUACGAUAUGACUUUAGCUUGAAGCUGGUUUUAGGAAACCUGAUGUGUCAGGUCACAUAUGAACAAAGUCAAAACCGCUGUCCUUUCUUUCUCAACACAUUUGUUCAACCUUACAUUCUCUUAGACUGGAAAGUGGAGUUUAUUUUAGAGGGCAUCACACUAGUAUUAGCUGACACCCAAUAUUAAUUGUUAACUAUUAAUAGUUGCUGUAACAUCACCUUUUGUUGAACAAGUGAGUCUUUUGGGAAAAUAAUUUUGUAUAAAUGCACUGGUCCACUGACUUGUAUUUUAAGCAAUCUCAGGUGGUUUGGUGCCCAAAACUCUGGGUAAAAACUAUGGACUCCAGUGCAUAAUCAGCUUUAUGGAUACUGAUUUUUGAUAUCCUUAUUUUACACAAAAAUCUAAUUCUACAAAUCUUCAUAUUGCUUUUUUUUUCUUUUUUUUUUUUUUUUAAAUUAAACUGUCUUGUUUUGAAUGUACAUGUUAACAUACAUUUGACAAUAUUUUAUCAAAUGUUAACUUCAUGCCUGUGUUCCCAAAUUAUUAUUUUCUAACAUUCCUAAAGAUUCCUUCAUGUAUGCGUUUAAAAGUGAGUCGUGUGUGUGUAGGGUGCACAUUGAAUAGCAGACAAUAUUAGACUCGUGCUGCUUCACGAAGCCACCAUUAAAGCUUUAUAAUCUUAGUUUGUAUGAACGUUCUUGUCAGCUGGUUGCUGUACAGUGUACAGUGCUGUAUCCCAUUUAUGUAAACUUAGAAAUCUGGCUAAACAGAUUAUUUUUCUGAGCCUUUGGCUGCCAGUAGAAUAAUGUGGAUGUGGGCACCGAGUGCAAAAUGCUGCAAUGUUGAGUCUAAGGUUUUUGGUGACAUGUUUGGAGACACAUUUUGUUCUUGAUGCAUCAUUCCACAGAGAUGACAGACCACGGCUAAUUGUGAAUUGUCUGAAAUCUUUCCUUGUAAUUUUUCCUUGACCGUUCUUGUGUAGUUCUGAAAGAGGGUAUAACAGAGUAUGAAUCUAACAUGGGGAAACUGAAUAGACUUAAGUAUAUCUAGACCUGGCCUCCCAAAGGUGUCUUAGCUGCAAGAUCAUCUUUGCCUUUAUGAUGGUUUUAUAAUUCAACCUAGAUCAAACUCCAAGAUGCCUUUGGUAAACCAGGCUCUGUACCAAACCCCUGGCUUUCAGUGACUGUAGUUGGUACUGUGUGUUUAUUAUGUUGAUGUGAUGGUGAUCAGAAAAUAACUCAUUGUUUUUGACAUUGUGUAUGAUAAGAAAAACAGAUCUUCCUUCUGGCUUCAUAAAUGUCCUCGAGAAAAUAAAAUGGUUCAAUCAA